AUGGCUGGUACUACAUCUUCCGGAGGUUCAAAUCCAAUGACAGAGAUAGAUACGUCUUUGAAGCGUAAUUAUGAAGAUGUUGAAUGGGAAUUUGGGGCAUUGGUGAACCCUUCAAAUGUAGACAAGGUGAAGUGCAAGUUAUGUGGGAAAGUACUUAGUGGUGGAAUAUACCGGCUUAAGCAACAUAUUGCUCACAUAAAGGGGAAUGUAGCUCCUUGUAAUAAGUCUUCGGAUGAGGAUAAGAAGAAGUGUAAGCAGGCUAUUGAUGAAGCACAAACUAAGAAGAAACAAAAGUUUCAACGUGAACAAGAAGUGAGGCAAGAGGUUAUUCUUGAAGGGGAUGAAGAAGUUGAAGGGUGUCUAGGGCCCAAAAAACCCCCCUGUACUAUUGGACCUAUGGAUAGUUUUGUAUCCAUCAUCAAUCCGGAUUCUUCAUUGAGUGGAAUGCAUCAAUAUUUGGCUCGUUGGGUGUAUGAAUCCGGUAUUCCUUUCCAUGCUAUUGAUAAUGAUAGCUUUAAAAGGUUUGUGGAAGUGGUUGGUCAAUUUGGCCCAGGGUACAACCCUCCAACCCAAUACCAAUUGAGAGAGCCAUUAUUAAAGGAAGAGGUAGAGAGAACUAAAGGCCUAUUGAAGAAGCAAGAAGAAGAAUGGGCUUUGAAUGGUUGCUCCAUUAUGACGGAUGCUUGGACCGAUAGGAGAAGAAGAAGUAUCAUGAAUUUGUGUGUCAAUUGCAAAGAAGGCACUACUUUUCUUUCUUCUAAGGAAUCAUCGGAUGAAGCACACACCGGUUCCUAUAUAUUUGAGUAUGUGGACAAGUGCAUUGAAGAAGUUGGGCCGGAAAAUGUAGUUCAAGUGGUAACGGACAAUGCUUCAAAUAAUAUGGCCGCUGGUGACUUGUUGAAGUUGAAGAGGCCAAACAUAUUUUGGACUUCAUGUGCAACCCACACCUUGAACCUUAUGCUUCAAGGAAUUGGGAACCAACCUAGAUUCAAAGGGGUGAUUGAGAAGGCUAAGGCAUUCACCAUCUACAUUUAUGCACAUCACAAGACAUUAUCAUUGAUGAGGAGGUUUACUAAGAAAAAAGAUAUAGUGAGGCCGAGAGUCACUAGAUUUGCAACCGCUUUUCUAACUUUACAAAGUUUGAUGGAGAAGAAAAGUGAGUUGAGGGCUAUGGUUGCUAGAAGUGAAUGGAGUGCAAGCAAGCAUUCAAAAAAUGCAAAGGGGAAAGCGGCAUUUAAUACCGCUUUGAGUGCCGCUUUUUGGAAUGGUGUAACUCUUUGCUUAAAGGUCUUUGCUCCUUUAGUUAAGGUGCUUCGCCUUGUUGAUGGAGAUAAGAAGCCCUCUAUGGGUUUUGUGUAUGGAGAGUUAUAUAGAGCAAAAGAGGAGAUUAAAGAGGCAUUCAAGAAUCAAGAACUUCACUUUCGCCCAAUUUUGGAUAUCAUUGAUGGGAAAGGUCGUGGUCGAUUAGAUGGUCUUCUUCAUUUGGCGGCCUACCUAUUGAACCCUUAUUAUACUUAUAAGGAUCCGAGCAUAGAAAAUGAUAAUGUGGUGAUGAAUGGGUUUUUCAAUUGUGUGGAAUCAUUUUUCCCCGAUGAUUAUGCAAGCCAAAGUGAGGUGACAAAUAAAGAAUUAUUGAAGUACAUGAAGAAAGAAGAUGGUUUUGGAAGAGCAUUGGCUAAGAUGGGGUGCGCAACAAAUGAUGAUACUUAUGAUCCGGUUGGAUGGUGGCAUCUUUAUGGAAAUAGUGUGCCUAAAUUGCAAAAAAUGGCUAAAAGAAUUCUUUCCUUGACUACAAGUUCAUCCGGUUGUGAGAGAAAUUGGAGCACUUUUGAAAUGAUCCAUACCAAAAAAAGGAAUAGAUUAGAUACCGGAAGGUUGAACAAUUUAGUAUAUGUCCAAUUCAAUGCAAAGAUCAUCAACAAAAAGAGAAGACAAAAGGAGAAGGGAGUGGAUGUGCUACUUGCUAGUGAGGCUAGUAUGGCACAAGGAUGGAUUGUUGAGGAUGGUGAUGAAGAUGUGGAUUCCGAUCUUACCAAUGACAUGGUUGGAGAUGAAUCGGGAGUUGAUAGUAGUGCUCCACCUAGGAGAAGUGCUAGGCUCCAAGAGGUAAGAGAACUUGGUGAAGAACUUGAAGACUCGGAUGAAGAGGAAGAGGAGGGUAAUGAGAUUGAUUUUGAUUUUGAGUCCGAUAACGAAGGAAUAUUAGAGGGAUAUGGUGAAGAAGAAGAAGUGGAUUCAUAG